AUACAUUACAGACAAACAAAGGUCACUUGUAACGGAAGUGGGAUUUGCGAUUAUAAAUUAGUUCAUCAAUUUGAAUUCUGAAUUGUUGAUAGUCACACAAACUCGAUAAAGACUAAUAUUUAUUGUUCAGUAACUACUUACAGUGUCUCUUAAACGUUAACCUAACGUCGACCAUAUAUUCUAUCGUAAGUUAGACGAUAAUAGAUAUUAAAGUAUUUUAUUAGAAUAUUAAUUCUAAUAGUUUCAUGCGAAAUGAAGAAUCUUAAAGGCAUACAAUGCAUAUUUAUGCUGUUUAUAGUAUGCAUUGUGCGUUUAGGAUGUUGUGCACCGCAAAUUGGAGGGUUCGAACGAAACAAUUUUAGACGUGGGCGACGUUUAGGACUGGAAUUCACCCAAAAUGAAUGUGGUUGUUUUAUUAACAUUAUUUCGCGUACCAUGCAUUUACCAUCAUUGGCCUAUUGUGACCUCCAAGUUAUGUUAUAAGGUUUAUUUUAUUUUAACUUUUUAACUUAAGUAGUUACUUUUGGAUUUUCUUUAACUUAACUGUUAACUUACUAAAUUUUUUUUUUAAUUAACGUGAAAUUAACGAAUUCAUUUUUCAUUUUAAGAAGUAAGGUUAAUUUAUUUAGUUUAAUUUUAUCGCAUUUCACUAUUUUAGUCUAUUUCGUUUUCAUGACAAAAAAUAUUUACUAUGAACUGUUUAAAGUUAAAACAUUUAAAUUGUAUAUUAUUCUAAUCUAGCUUAUAUGGAAAUAAUGUAUAAAGUACAAACACUAGUCUAUAAUAUUAGUUUUGGGGUUUGAAAAAAAUAAAUUAUGCAAGCGUUAUAUAAACAAAUUAACUUUUUUUAACUUGAUAAAAAGUUAACAAAAAGUGUGUAUUUGACUCAACUGAAUUAAAUUAUAAUUAGGUAAUAAAAAGUUUCUAAAAGUAAAUACUAUAUAAAUUGUACGUACUACACGCGGAACAUUCACUCCCGAGUUUUUCUCCGACCGCCUCUAUAACAGUUUUUAACGUUCUUUGUUUCUACCGAUUCAUAAAAAGUGCGCGUUCAAAUUAGUGUCGCUUUCGAGUCGAUUUGACCAAAAUUUUACUCAUAAGGGUCGUUUUAGCGACCCAGACUUUAUACACGGCCGUAGUAGUAAAGUCAAACGUAAGUCUUAUCUUUCUUUUUAUCGAUACGAAGGUCGUAAACUCGUAACACCGAAAGUGUUAUGUUGCACCGCAAUGCAAUUAACUUAUCGAUGUGAUUAGAUCCAUCUCUCACACGCUUUAUACACUAGUUGUAUAAUAAUUCCCUAUAUACAGAGCGAUAUAGUUACCGGCUUCAUAUAACCUAAUCGUAAAUUUCGUAUCCGAACUUUGGCAGACGCUUCAUCGAUUAUAAAAUUUAUUAUAAUAUCACGAUUCGGAAAAAAAAAAUCAUCAGCUGUAGGACAGAAUAGAUACUAGUGCUAGCACAGCCGCGAUCUCCGAACCAAAAAUCGAAUGCCAAGGCUGCGGUAAAAAAUUUGUUUCUCUAAACAGCCAUUUAGCUAGGGCAUCUGGUCCAUGCGUGAUAAUCAGAGUGCAAAGAAUAAUUGAUAAUACACCCAUGGCCCAUCAGACCACUCUGCCCACUCCACAAAUAUGGAUACACUAACAAAUUCACACAAUACAGCGGAGCUAUUGAAUGUGAACAUUUUAGUGAAGGAAUAAGAACAGAUUAUGUGACCAAUAUCAUAACUAUUCCUCCAGUCGAUCAAACCAAAGGCAUUGAAACAUAUUCGGCCGCUGAAAUGUGCAGCUAUUACUCGCAAUUAAUUUACAAAUAUAUAAAGGAUUCAACAUUAUCUGAUGAUAAGGAUAUAUUAACCAAUAAUUAUCCAUCAAACAUACCUAAAAAGAAGCCAAAUGUUAAAGACGAAAGGGCUGCAUCAAGAGAAUUUUUGCACAUGGCUUUGUUGGGUGAUAGCAAUGGUAUUUGGCUUUACAGUGGAUCAUUGAUCAGCAACAGAUGGAUCCUGUCCGUUGCGCACUUUGAACGAAUAUUCAACAAUCUUACGCGCUGGGCACGUCUGAGAGAUCCGAACUAUUUGUCGGAAACCGAUGAUGUCACACCAAUGGACUACCAAAUCGAUCAAAUUGUAGUGCACCCGGAUUUUCAAGUACCGUCAUUGUACAACGACAUAGCGUUGUUCCAUUUGGACCAGGAAGUGAAGUUUUCGGCGUACGUGCGGCCCAUUUGUCUUAACGCAGAUCCAAACUGGCAGUCGAGUCACUCGUCGUCUGUGAUAACACCUGGUUGGGGACGGAACCAACACGGUGGACCAUGGGAAUGGGAUGCAUUGAAUGCAUUUAGUUCAGGUCUGUUAAAGGUUAAUUUGGACGUCAUCUCGGUGGACUUGUGCAAGAUCAAUUACAAUGUAUCGUCUGGUAGGCCCCAAAUGAUGAACGGAAUAGUUGAAGACGAGAUGAUAUGCGCGAGUGUUGUGGAUGGCGAAGAAGACCCUUGUGUGGGCUUUGGUGGUAGUUCUCUUCAAAUUGCGCACGCCAAUUACACGUUCAUGUACACGCAAGUAGGCGUCUCAUCAGCCGGCAAGGAGCGGUGCGCCACGAAAGAUUUUCCAUAUUUUUACAUGAGAGUGUCCAAGUAUUUGCCAUGGAUCGAACGAUUCGUUUGGCCCAAGUCUGGCUGAAAUCAUCAUACCCAUAUAGAUGAACAUCACUUUGCAUUGUACUCACGAAUAAAUAUGAAAACCUUUAAUAUAUGUAGCAGUUUUUAAUUAUUAGUGUAAUAUUUUUCCGUUUCUGAUUAUUUUUAAUCGACAUCGGGUCUGACUAGGUAUUUGUAAAAUUUUUUUUUAAUGUUCACGCAAAUCAUAAUAACACCUACAUUGUUUUUUAGUUGUUGUUAUUUUUACUGUCGUGACAAUUAUUUCCAUAAGACGUAGACUACAUAAUAUACGAAUACCUAUGCGAUAAGAAAAUAAUAUAAUAUGAACGUGUAUGAUGUAAAUGUAGAUAUAGUACUUUGCUUUGUAAGUUUAAAUCUGAAUAAAUUGACGUCAGCUAUUUA